AUGGACCCAGCCACUAACCCCUGUUUUACGUGUGGGGAAACGGGGCAUUGGUCGCCAGAUUGCCCUCAGAAAGUCAAGAAAACCAUGGAAAAGGACCCUUGUUACAAGUGUGGGAAAUUAGGCCACUGGAUUAGCGACUGUCCAAGAGAUAGGGAAGAAUUGCUGGCUAUGAUUGGUGAGGUACCCGUCACAAAACCUCCGGUAAUAAGAGAGUACACCCCAUCGGAGAUGUGGAACCCACCACCCCCUAAGAAAAGGAGUAAAGGAGAAGCCGGUAAAGAGAUGAGUGACGGAGAACCCCCUAAAAAGAAGAGAAAGCUGAGCCGAAAGAAUAAGGAAUGA